AUGCCUCACAGCCCCAUAUCGAGGACGGACUCGGGCUCCGUGUCCGCCAUCAAGAACUUCAUUUUCGGCGGCAUGCUGGACACGGCCCGCUACCACCCCGACGAGCACGGAGGCGACUGCAAACGGAGCUUGAAAUCGCAAACGAGAAUCACGAAAGCUUCGAAGGUCAACCCCGGGCUGCCUGAGGACGACGUCAACUUCCCGAAUAACCUAAGGUCUCCUUACCCCGAUGCUAGUCAAGCUCAAAGCGCCGCCAAUUUCCCACUUACUAAAAUUAAUAACGUAAGAUUCCCAAGCUUCCGGUGCAAAGAGAACAAAUUGUUCAGCGAGGAGAAGGCGUCACCGCAGUAUGCAUCGACGCCGAACUUGACGUCAGUUUCCCCCGAAGGCGACACCUCAAGGGAGGAAGUCACAGCGGCUGUGACAGGGACACUUCCGCGUAACUUCAAGAGGAACAGCGGACGGCAGCUUCCGAACUCCGCUUCGGGAGCCCCGGCGACGGCCACUCUGCCAUCGUGUCCGUCGUCGGUGUGUUCCUCGUAUGUGUACGUGAACAGCGGUGCGCCCUCGUCUGACUCAGGAUUCCUUUCGGACGCCACGUGCCCUGACUUCGAGGCAAGUGAGCCGCUAGUUGAAGCAGUCAGCAGUCAGCACCAACCGAAGGAUCUUAGCUGCCGUGAACGAGACAAGAAGAGCAGCGACCCCUCUCUGCCCCCCGGGAGAGCGGCGCUGCACCAAGAUAACCCUACCUACGGCUGUGUCCCGUCCAAGGCUCCCUCUGCCCCGUCCAGGUCCGCCGGCAGGGAAGGGGGGUCGACGCGCAAGGUGAGCAGCGUGACCCUCAAGAUCGAGAAUGGCCUCUUCGCCACCGUCGGUAAGGAGAGCAAGGGGCGCGCCAGGGACCGCCGACCCCUGGAUCCGGCUUUCCCCGACGUCGUGCCGCCGCCUCCUCCAGCUGUCGUCAUCGUCCAGAAGCAAAGCCCCGAGGAUCCCAAAAUGGACGAGGAGGCCGCGGCGGGCUGGAAGAGAGCCACCGUGACCAUGAGUGGGACCUUCCUAGCGCGCUGCGUGAAGAUCGAGGACCUGAGCAGCCGGGACACCGGGGACGACAGCCGGGAGGUGGGACGCCAUCCGCCCGAGCGGCGUGAGAGCGGCCGGUUCCCCUCGGCGGCGCGACUUCUUCGGUCUCUCGGGCGGAACAGAGACGACGAUGGCGGCGGGGCGCGCGCCAGGGACACGUCGGAGCCUCGCCUCUCCCGCUCCAACCCGCACUACCACUCCGAGGGGAAGGGCCUCAAGAAGAAGAACAACUGGGCGUCGGAGCGCGAGCUCAACAGCUCGCUGAGCCCCGUGCAGAAGGAGCGCAGCCACAGCUUCUGCGAGAAGGCCGACACCAAGCGGCGCUACUCCUACCACGAGAACAAGGUGCUGCGCGACGAGGCCCGGGCGCGCCUCGACCGCCACGAGGAGGCCGCCUCCGCGGGCACCAACGCCUCGCCCAAGAGCCAGCUGGACGCCCUGGGCCCGGACCUCACGAAAGAUUCCUCGACCCCGGAUGACACCUCGCACGAGAACAUUUAUGAGAACCUGCCCGCCCACACCUUGAAGGAGGGCGACUUGAAGGGGAGUCAGGAGGCCUCGGAGGGCGGCGCGACGGAGGCGCAGACGAGGCCCAUCGAGAGGGCGGAGAGGGAGCGGCGGUCCGUCAGGAAGCUGACAAAGGACUCCGGCUACGAGACGUCUCCAAGCGUGACGGAACAGGAAGGGUUUGAACACGUUGAAGGAGCUUAUGGUUGCUUGUGGCGUCGCACAGUAGUACGGUGGCAACAGCUCGGGAUGGCAGCGCUGCCACGGGCAACGCUUGUGGAGUUUCGCAUGGAGUGA